GAGCCGAGCCAGCGCGCCCCGCAAAAGCAGCGAUGGAUGCGAGCAGCAUCCUAAGCGGCCCAUUAGCCUGUGUUAGGCCCCCCCCUUGCUCAGCGGGAGCGUCCGAGGCGUAGGGCGCAGGCGGGGUCUGCACUGGAUGUCUCGGAGCAUCCUGGGCAGCGUGGCCUUUGCUCAGCUGGGAAAGUAUGAAGAUCCUGUGGCUGGCGGCAGUGGUGUGGUCUGUCCUAGCACCUCCUGCGCAGGCCAGCAAGAGCUGGGAGGACAUCCGCUGCAAGUGCAUCUGCCCCCCCUACCGGAACAUCAGUGGGCGCAUUUACAACAAGAAUGUGUCCCAGAAAGACUGCAACUGCCUGCAUGUGGUGGAGCCGAUGCCCGUGCCGGGGAACGACGUGGAAGCCUACUGCCUGCUGUGUGAGUGCAAGUAUGAGGAGCGCAGCACGACCACCAUCAAGAUCAUCAUCAUCAUCUACCUGUCGGUGGUGGGGGCGCUGCUGCUGCACAUGGCCUUCCUCAUGCUGGUCGACCCCUUGAUCCGCAAGCCAGACGCCUACGCCCAGCCCUGCACAACGAAGCGGACACAGAGGUAA